AUGCAAGGUUCCACAAUGCCUAUGGUUUCCACAAGUGAAAACAUUGUUUUGAAUCAACUUCCUCAACCCACUAGACCCUUGAAUUGUGAUGACAAGAUCUUUGAAACACCCUUGACGGUUGAUCAAUUUAACAACAUCGUGGUACCACUGCAACCAACAAUGUUAAAAGAAGAUGAAGGGAAAAAACAUUUUGGAAAUCGUGUUCUGGACAAGAUUUAUGAAAAGCUUCCUGCAAAACUAAGAGAGGAAAUAAAUUUGGAACAUGUGUUGGGUAAGGAAGGAAAAAGAAGAGAUGAAUCAGAGACUACUAUUUCACGUGGUGAAGAAAUUGGAAUAUCGGAUAAAGAGAAGCUUAGUCGCUUUAAGAUUCGAACUGUUGUUGCUCAAGAUGUUGUCAAAGAGGAUGAGAAGAAAUAA